GCAACCCUGUUGCUCUCUCACGUAUCUUAUGACCACGGAGUCCAGAGAUGGCGAAAUUAGAGGCGACAUCGGAGCUUCAGUCGAGACUGUCCUCUUUGUCGGUUUCAUCUUUUCCAGGAAUAUCCUCGAAAAAUUGCGAAACAAACCCACUUGAUAGACUUCAAAGCACAGAUCUUUCAAAGACAAUUAUCCCUCCUGCCAGUCAAAUUAAAAUGGAUGACAACAGCAAUACAAAAAGUUUUCAGCAGCUUUCUGAGGAGCCGUCCCCUGGGCAGGCUGCAGGAGGAGGUGACUUGGAAGAAAGUGCCACCGAUGAAAAAGCACAGCUCCCUGGUGAGAGAAGGGCCCUACCACCAUUAAAACCAGCUUCAACAUGGACUUCCAUGAACCUGAAAGAUCUGAAAGCUAAACUACGUCAGGAGAAGGACAGUGUGGUGACAGUCUACCGCGGUGACAUUAUGACUGUCCACGUGCCCACCGUGCCGGAAGCCAAGCGUGUAUGCUGGGAGUUUGCCACUGACGGCUAUGAUAUUGGUUUUGGGGUCUAUUUUGACUGGUCACCCGUCACCAGCCGAGCGAUAACUGUUCACAUCAGUGAAUCCAGCGAUGAUGAGGAUGAAGAAGAUGAAUUGGAAGGACCUGUUGUUCCUGGAGACGUGGAAAAGGGCUCCAAAUCUGUGUCCAACACUCACCUGGGAGAAAUCUUGCCUGUUUAUCGCCAAGACAGUCACCUGGCAGUACAAGGAGGUAGUCACGAAUUUCCUGGAGAGGGCACAUACCUUCUAAAGUUUGAUAACUCUUACUCUUUAUGGAGGAAUAAGACUCUGUAUUACAGAGUUUACUACAGUGCCUGAAGAAUCAAGUCCACAAGCGGAGAUGAAUGUUUCAAUCAUAUCUAUUUUUGACCCUAUAUAUAUAGUAUUAUACCUAGCACUGUGUACAUAGAAUAUGCUAUUGUUAACUCUUUGUGCAUUCUUAUAUUUUAUUGACAAGGCAUCAUAAAUCUGAUGGGAUCAAGCAGUGAAGGGUUCUGGGAGAUUCUUGCUAAUGUGUUUGAAUGCGUUUUUAAAAGUGAAAGAGAUAAUGAAAGCUUUUGUGUAUAGUAUAUGUAACAUGUUCGAGUUUGUGUAAUGUGUUAAUUUUGAAUGCUGUGUGUUAAAGAGGUCAUGUAAGGUGCCCAUAUAUGUUUUAUUAGCUAUUUUCUUUUUCUUCUACUGUCAUGUGUCCUCUGUCCACACAGGGUAACUAUGACCUCACUCAUCAGGGAAAAGCGUAGUUCAGGUUUGGAUAUCAGUUAAAUCAGGUCGAAAGCCCAAAUAGAGAGAAAUACGAUUUGUACUGUCUCAAUCUGAAAACCAGUGACAAUGACGGGAGCAGUAAACUGGUAGAAAGUAGUAUGGUUCGUAUUGUAGAAGCUGUGAUGUCCAUAGAGCAAAGCAUCUACACUUUGUAUUGCUAGCUGUUGCUGAACUUUCUUUGCUUGCUCAGUGCUUAUAUAGUGAAGUGAUUUUUCAUCUGGUCAUUCAUUAGUCAUCCAUUAGUCAUGUAUUAGACCUUUAUUUAGUAAAGUCUUUAUCAUUUGCUUAAGAUUGUAGCUUACAGAAAACCAGUAAUAUAUUUUUCAAGAUAUUUAUACGCAUAAAUAAUGACAUUUCUAGAUUUGCUCUCAGGCACAAGUAUGGUGCCCACAAGUCUCCAAUCAAAACUAUCUAAGACUGAGAUGAGAAUAUGACUGAAAUUUUACAGUGAAAUAUUACAAGCAGAUGUUGUCAGGACCUUCCUACAGUGUAACUGUUUUGGACUUUUCAUCUCAGCAAGACUCAAUAUAGUCAAAAAACAACAAAUUCAA